AUGCCAGACUUGUAUCAUAUCCCAUUAGGCGACCUUUCGGGUGAAGCAGCACUGGCUGUGGGCGGCAUCCACGUACCUUUGGACACCGAUCAUCAUCAAUCGCACAGUGCAGGUCUAGUGCCACCUCUGCACCACCAGCCAAAUACAUCAACUGCACAUGUCGUCGAUUCUUUUGAGGCAGAAUGGAACCGAAUGCUGAAUGAGAUUUGCGUAGCCCCAGUGUUGCCAUCGCUUGAAUCCAAAGACGACCAAAAGGGAAACAAUGCAACCAUCCAAAAGUUUUACGAGGGCCGGCCCACAUGCAAGUGUUGCAUAAAUUGGGUCGAAAAGCAACCUGAGCAAGUGCCCGAGGAAGCACAGGAAAAGUACGACGGGGUCGCUAUCCGCGUGUAUCAUGGCAAAGAUCAUUCCAAGGAGACGUUAGGCGGCUUGAAGACUAUCAGCCCACUGUGGCUUCUUAUCCAAAGCCCCAUCAUCCUGAAAGCUCUCGAGCCUAUCUUCCAAAAGAUAGGACGAGUUGGCACGGCAAAAGGUUCGGUGAUGGUGAAUGCGCCUUUCUCGGACCUGUUC